AUGCGCGACACCAUCCGGGACAGCGACGCAGGCUCUGGCCUCCUAUCAAUGAGCGCGCUGUGCUGGGUGGUGAAGAGGAUGGAUCGCCUGACCGGCGACGACCGUCGCAGUGCGACCAGCAUGGACAAGGUCCUCGUUUCGGGGUUGAAGGAGCUGCGGAUUCGGAUGAUGACAUGCAUCAAGGAACACGUCGCACGCAGACGGUCAGGCCAUGUCGGAGUUGGUGCCGAUGCCUGUGACGACGACGCCGCGGAGCCCCCUUCGGCAUCCCAAGCAGUCGGUGUCGCCGACACCAGCGGAGAGGCCGGAGACGGCGUCGACAAGGCAGAUGAGGAGGCAGAAAGGGCUGUGGCGAGGACCGCGGAUCAGGAAAAGGAGGAGGAGGAGGAUGACACCGACGAUCAGGAUGAUAACGAGGAGGAUCGUGAGGAGCGUGAGCAGGGGCAUGGGCAGGAGGAGGAGGAGGAGGAGGAGGAGGAGGAGGAGGAGGAGGAGGAGGAGGAGGAGGAGGAGGAGGAGGAGGAGGAAGAGGAGGAGGACAAGGAGGCGGCGGCGGUGGAGGCCGUGGAGCAGGGUUUCGGGUCGGUGGAGCAGGUGGCGGAGGGGGAGAAGCAGCAAGAGGGGGAGGAGGAGGUAGAGUUCCCCUGGGUCGAAUUCGAGAUGGAGGAUGUUGAGGGAGCGGCGGCGGUGGCCGUGGAGGGAGCGGCGGCGGCCGUGGAGGGAACGGGUGGGAUGUCGGCGGAUGUUGUGCACGUGCGAGGGGAGGGUGCCGAUGUGGAGAAUGUCGGCGUGGAGGAGGCGCACGUGGUCGGCAAUGUGGUUGGCGACGCGAAGGAGGAGGAUAACGUCGCGGCCCCGACGCCGACGGGCGUGGAGACCACCACAGGGAACGCCGGGGUGGAACGCCGGGGUGGAGCGGUAGAGGCAGGCCGUCAACCGGGUUCCUCAGCAGCUGGUCGGCAGGCAACGCCGGCCGUCGUCGCGCAGCUGCGACAGGAGAACAUGUGGCUGAGGGCAGAAAAUGCUCGUCUCGAGACGGCGCUCGGAGUGGAGAGGGGUCGGGUGGACAGGUUCGCGAUGGGGAUUGGCCACCUCGUGGACAAGCUCAGGUCGUUGGCCGACCAGGUCGCCGCCUCCGACCAGGACGCGUCGAGUCGGCUGAUGGACGCGUCCUUGACCAUGGCGACGACCGUGACGGAGAACAUCACCGCCAACAUGGGUGAAGCAUGGGAUGCAAUGAAGGCGUACGCCGAGAGGGCGGAGAGCUGGUUGGACGAUCUAGAGAAUCCGGAGGGGUUUAUGGCGGUGCAACGUGCGAACGCGGUCGUCGCCAUGGGCAACCACGUGGACGAAGCGAGGAAGGGAUUGGAGGAAUACAUAUCGAAGCACCUAGUCGCCGCGCAGACCAACAUCGCCGCCGCGGUAACUCAACGCGUCGCCGUCCCGCCGCCCACGCAGCCCGCCCCACCGCCAGCCUUCCCGGACGAGCUCAUGAAGUCUUUCAAGGCGGACGUGUUGAAGGCGGUGACUGAGGCCACCCAGCAGUCGUUUGCUGCGUCCGGGUUAAACCUCAUGACCCAGGUGAUCGGCCAUCUGGCGCCUGGUCGGCAUGGGUCGUCGCCGUCGGACAACGAGGCCGACAAGAAGGGUGCGAAAAGGGCGGGCGGCGGAGAUGAUGCGUUGAGCUCGAAGCGGAGCAAGGGAGCCGAUGGGAGCCGCGGCGUCGGCCAGGUGGGUCCAGGCGGCUCGCGGAGCAAGGGAGCCGAUGGGAGCGGAGGUACGAGCGUGGUCGACCAGCUGAAGAAGAACGGGGCCAAGGUGAUAAGGACGCACAGCAAGGGCGAUGGAAUCAGGAGUGCGGAGGGGGGCCCUGCCGACCAGGUUGCCGCUCAAGAGGCUGGACCAACAGCCCCGCCAUUGGUCGCCGAGAAGCCGGCCAGUCUAGCGACCGCACCAACGGCGAUAGAUGGCGGCGCCAAAACCGUCAAGGGACCGUCCGUCGGAGUGGCGGGGACCACGUCGAUCCCCCGCAAACCCCCUGCGGCUAGCAGCGCGCCGGUCGCCCCGUCAGCCGCCAACAACGAUGGGCCGUCCCUUGCGGCUACUCCAGCACCAGCAGGCACGUCUGCCGCCAAGGUUGACGCGGUGGAUGCUGCGGCUAACCGCGCUGGUCCGUCCGCCCCAAAGGCGAACGCGCUCAGGGAGAUGCUCAGCCGCAUGGAGACCCAUCGACAGGACGUGCAGCAGCCUCUCGUGGUCGUUACCGCGCCGGCCACAACAGCACGUCGCUCGGUCACUCCCCAGGUCGCCGCCACAACGUCCAGUGCCCCACCUACCGCGCCUAUCAUCGCCGCCCGUCCUCCUGUGGACCCAAAGUCCGCGUUGCUUCGCGCCCGGUUAGGCGCACGUACUGCGGCUGCGCCAGCACGGGCUCAGCCGGUAUCCAGCUCAUGCGCGACGCCAACGUCGGUGACCGUAGCUGCACACACACUCGGUGCGGCUACUGUCGAGGCGGUGGCGGAGAAGGGCGUGACGGAGCCAAAGACGACCACUGCUGCGGUCGGCGAGGGAAAGUCGAAACGGAAGGGGACGGUCGACGCAAGGAAAGCGAGGCCGAGCUCGAAGAAGAAAACACGGGCGACGUCGGCGAUGGUGAAGUCGGUGGAGAAAGGACAAGGGAUGGCGACGGCGAUGGUGGAGAAGGAGAAGGAGGAGGAGAUGGAGGAGAAGAAGAAGGAGAAGGAGGAGAAGGAGAAGGAGAAGGAGAAGGAGGAGGAGGAGAAGGAGAAGGAGGAGGAGGAGAAGGAGAAGGAGGAGGAGGAGAAGGUGGAGGAGGCGGAGGUGGGGGAGGAGGAGAAGGAGAAGGAGGAGGAGGAGGAGGAGAAGGAGGAGAAGGAGGAGGAGGAGAAGAAGCUGGAGGAGGAGGAGGCGGCGACGGAGGAGGAGAAGGUGAAGGUGAAAGAACGGAAGGGUCAUGGCAUCCGCCACGACACCACGGGCGACAAGCAAGGGUGGGUGGGCGAGAUUAAGGUGGUCGGGAACGAGAGCAGAUACAUCGGCAAGUCCCGCGACAAGAUGGAGCUGGCGUACCUUCACUCGAUUGUGUACCUCCUGUACGACGGUUACAUCAGCAAGAUCCUCAUGGCCGAGCUCACCGGCUUGGAGGAAACAGUGAUGAAGCGGUGGAGGGCGGUGUGGAAGGAAGUCCGGUUCUUGCCGACUGGGAUGUGGACGGUGAUAUGGGCACGGGGCGCGUUCCUCCCAAAGACACGGUAA